AACUUCAACUCUGAGAAGCCCGAAGGUCAGAUCAUUAUGACCCGAAUGCAAAAAAUGAACUGGAAAAAUGUUUACUACAAAUUUUUAGAGAUCACUAUUAGUGAAGCUAGGUGCCUGGAAUUGCACAUGGAAAUCGACUGGAUACCCAUUGCCCACUCCAAACCUACUGGUGGGAAUGUUGUUCAGUAUUUAUUGCCAGGAGGGAUUCCCAAAAGCCCAGGCCUUUAUGCCAUUGGCUAUGAAGAAUGUAUUAAAGGGCUCCUCUCACCCUACAUGGAGCGACAUUCUGUGGACCCAGGAAAAGAAGGCAGUGUUGACCUGGAAAACCUGUCAGCACAAGCCUCAUUACAGGUGGAAAUAGAACCCACCCGAAUUAUCUAUUGCUACCUUGGAAUUACUGAGGUCUGGACUCUGCAGCAGUGCUUAUUUUUACAUUUCCAAGCAAAUACCAAAACCUUCAGCAAAGAUUGGGUUGGUAUUAAUGGGUUUUUGUCUCAGAACUGUAUUGUGGAUCCUGGAGUUUCCCCCAAAUCCAUCUAUAUCAAAUUUGUAGAAGUAGAGAGGGAUUUUCUUUCCGCUAGCUCUUUAGUUGAGUGCCUGGAAAAAGCCAUUGGAUACCCCUUAAAAUUUAAUAACUGAAUGUCAUCCUUCAUAAGGAUUUGGGCUCUUGUCUCCCUGUCUCACUUUCCAUUACCCAGACCCUUCCUCAUCGAGAUGCUGCCAUCAGAUUCUUCAUGAGGACUCUCUCCACAGUUGGGCCAGUACAACCUCUAAGGAAUCAUAGUAGACUUUGGGCAGAAAAAACAGACUUCACCAAAAAAUGCUCAUUUUGAGCAAGCAAGAUAUGUAAUAAACUUGCAUGGUGGGUCAGUUGUUUCUUUUUUAAAAACAAUUUUUAAAUGAAUUUUAGAGCCCUAAUAUAAACAAAUGUAGGUGCAUUCCAUAUUGG